AUGGCAAUAUAUCUCAAGUGGCCAGAGAACCAGGGUCAAGAUUCAGGGUCAUUUCUUAGGGUGCAGCAAAACCACAAGUGUGAUUCACCGUGGUAG